UUGCCAGGCUUUUGAUUGAGCUUUAAUAUCCGACACUGUGACGACGUCGUAAUUGAGAAAGCAAGCGCAAUUGCCUGGAUUUACCUCAGAAAAUAAUUUUCAACGAACUUCAGAAUUUGCCUGAAAAAAUCCCAGUAAUUAGUUCAUUUGAGACCGGAAGACGAUGGGGAUGAUGAUGAUGAAGACGACGACGAUGAAGAGAAGAGCUUCUUCUGCGGUGAUUGUUUCUAUUGCUCGGUCUCAGGAAGCAGCGGCUUCAUUAGGUACUCCUGCUCCUGCAGGUUGUACUACUCUUGCAUCAUUCCUCUCUGCAUUCCCAAACCAUAAACCCCAUUUGGCUUUUUAUUCUGCUAUUAGUAUUAAAUUUAAGAGUUCUUCUGAAAAAGCUCUGAAAUUUCAACCUGAAUUAAGGAAUGAUAUUAAUAAUGUCAACAGUCUUGAUGAUGCUUUGAGCUUGUUCGAGCGGAUGGCUCGGAUGAGGCCUCUGCCUUCCGUCAUUGAUUUCACUCAAUUGCUGGACCGUAUUGUUAAGAUGGAGAAGCAUUAUUCUUCAGUUGUUUCCCUUUUUAGAGAUAUGUGUGUCCAGGGCAUUCCUGUUGAUGAGGCCACCCUUAAUAUAAUGAUUAAUUGUUGCUGCGUUGUGGGCCGAGUGGAUUUAGCUUUUUCUACAUUGUCUGGCUUCUUCAAACGUGGUUUUGUCCCUAAUGUGGUCACCUUUAGCACUUUACUUAAGGGACUCUUCCGAGACCAUAAGGUUCCUGAGGCGCAAGAAUUGUUCAAAAAGAUAAUCAAAGAAAAACUUUGUAAACCCAACGAAACUAUGUUGGGCAUUGUGAUAGAUGGGCUCUGUAAGGCAGGAAACACUCAAACAGCCAUCGACUUGCUCAGAGCUAUGGAAAAACGAGGAAGACCUUGUAAACCUACUGCAAUUAUUUACAAUACCGUCAUUGAUAGCUUGUGCAAGGAUAAAAUGGUUGAUGAAGGUCUUGCCCUCUUACAGGACAUUCCCCCGAAUGUUGUCACUUACAGUUGUUUGAUUCAUGGUCUGUGCAACCUAAGCAGAUGGGAGGACGUUGACAAGCUCUUUUAUGAGAUGAAGGUUUAUAAAAUUGUUCCAGAUGUUAUUUCUUUUAACAUAGUGGUGGAUGCACUAUGUAAGGAAGGGCAUAUAGAAGAUGCUGAAGAGGUAGUCCGGAUCAUGAUCCAGCAAGGUCAAAAUCCCAACCUGGUCACAUACACUUCCUUAAUGGAUGGGUACUGUUUACAGAGGCGAAUAGAUGACACAAGGAGAGUUUUCGAUACCAUGGUUGCUAGCGGCUUUACACCCAAUCUCCAUAGCUAUGGUAUUCUAAUAAAUGCCUAUUACAAGACCAAGAAAUUGGAAGCAGCCAUGAAGCUCUUUCGAGAGAUUCCACAUAAAGGUUUAACACUUGAUAUUGUUCUUUAUAACACUGUUGCAGGGGUUAUUUAGUUCAGGAAGGUAUCUUAGUGCACGAGAAAUUUUCAAGGAGAUGCAAGCUUCUGGCAUGAAGCCUGAUUUUCACACUUACUGUGUGGUACUGGAUGGAUUAUGCAAGACUGGACAUGUCGACGAAGCAUUGGAGUUAUUCCAUGCAACUGAAGCCGAUGGAACAGAUCUUCACAUUGAAAUGUACAAUAUCAUGCUUGAUGGGUUGUGCAAAUGCAGGAGGGUCGAUAGUGCCCGAGAUCUUUUCAAAAAUCUCUCCCUUAAAAGAUUGGACCCUGAUGUCAUAACAUACAACACCAUGAUUGCUGGCCUGCUUUCAGAAGGUCUGCUCAUUGAAGGUAAAGAGCUCGUUGAAAAAAUGGAAGAGAAGGGUUGCUUGGCAAAUAGUGUUACAUACAAUGUCAUUCUGCAAGGACUCCUUAAGGGAGGUCAUUAUGAUGAUGCGAUCGUCUAGCAUGAAGAAAUGGUUCAUAGAGGAUUCUUGCUGGAUGCAUCUACAUUUUCCAUUUUACUUGAUUUAUCUGCUGAGAAUCAGAACAAUCUUUCUGUGCUAAUGUUGAUGCUGAAGAUUGAUCCCAAUAGCAAGAGGUUCAUGGAUGGGGGACAAAGAGGACCUUCACAUUAGUUGUAACAUGUUGGUCCUGCAGUUUUUUGGCCCCUGAUGUUUAAUUAGCUGGUAGGAAUGGUACUAAGGUUCACAGUUGAUCCUUUUAUCACUUAUCAUCUUUGUUUAGAGGAGGUCUCUUGGUGACAUUCUGCAAGGACUCUUUAAGGGAGGACAUUAUGAUGAUGGGAUUGUCUAUCAUGAAGAAAUGGUUCAUAGAGGAUUCUUGCUGGAUGCAUCUACAUUUUCCAUUUUACUUGAUUUAUCUGCUGAGAAUCAGAACAAUCCUUCUGUGCUAAUGCUGAUGCUGAAGAUUGAUCCUGAUAGCAAGAAGUUUAUGGAUGGGAGAUAAAGAGGACCUUCACAUUUUUUACAACUUUUGGUCCUGCAGUUUUUGGCACCUAAAUUUUAUCUGCUGGAACUAAAACUAUUUGAGUUCACUUUUGAACUGGGUAUUGGAGGAACUCCGUUGGUCAUCUUAAUCCCUCAAAGAUCUUUGGUCCUGGAGGAGGAAGCCACAGUCCAUAUGGAAGUUUGAUUGAUAAGUGUAGCAGUUCAUAGAAAUUCUCUGCUGUUAAUUGGAUUUCUACCACUUCCUCUGAAAGACUUGUUGUUUAUCCUUUUGUGGAGAACCUCAAUAUGGCAUAUCACUUAAGAAGUAAAUUGUGAAGGCUCUUUUUCGUUAUUUUUCAUGGUUUUAGUACUUUAGCUUGCAUGUAAUGUUUGUUUAUUGGAAUUAGGAAAUGAAACUAGAUCUGGAAAUAAAGUUUGUGAUUUUGAAUUUAUCGAAAAGUUUCAGCAUUUAUAUAAGUUGGAGAAUUUUCUUGUAAGUAGGAUAAAAUUGUUUCUUUCAUUUCAAAUCCUAGAUGGAGCCUAGCAGCCAAUUUAGAAGUGUAAAAACGUUUUAGACAAUUGUCUUGCUUUGGAUUUAAAUUUUGAGGUCCCAUGGAUAGUCAUGGUUACAUAUGAAUACAUGUUAUAAUUGUUUAUAUAUGUGCAAUCAGUUGUUCAGUCAAUCUUUAGCUUGGAAGGAGUUAUGGAAGGAGUUAAAAAAGGGUGACGAAUAUACUUAAGGUUAUUAUUCUUCUGUAUGUACCAUAUCAUAUCUGCAUUUUAUUGCACAAUGAUUUUUUUCCCGUAGCUUUUCAUUGUUAGUAAAUUCUGAACACUAGAACUAACCCUACUGGAGUUGUCCAACUACAGAGAACAUAGAACAAAGCCUGUCAAGUGUUCUUUUACUGAAGCUAACAUUCGCAACCUCUUUGACAGUAAUAUUAAUCGAUUACUUGAAAUAAUAUUGGUGUAAUGGGCUGUACUAAAAGGCGUGGGUUGCUACAUUGUGUUUCAGCUGCUAACAAUUUUCCUGCAACGGUCAAACCUUGUUGCUGAUCUUUUACAUCUAGUUCUUACUUUUUUCGGGGGUUUUUUUAAAAAAAAAAAAAAUUUGCAAAGCUGUUUUUGAAGUUAUUUAUUGUCUCACUUUGCUGCAUUUUCCUGAUUAAAAUGUGGAAGAAGCCCCCUUUUUUUUGCAUGUACCAGUUUCAAGACCUGUUCUUUUCUGUCAAUGUAAUUUAUGUUGCAUUUUGUUGUCACUUGUCCUCAAACAUAAGUGUUGGGUGAUUAGACCAUAUUUGCGAGGAAGGUAUCUCUAUGAAAUGGGCUUAUGAGCAAAGUAUGUGCAGGAACUAAAGAUAUGGCUUAUAAGUUGCUUUGGCUGCUACUAAGCUGGAUAAUUUUCGCGUUCUAUUCAUAUUAAUCUGCAUGAAAAUGCUUUUCUAAUCUUAUGAAUUGAGAGAUUCAGUCGCUUUUUUCUUUUGUUAGUGCUUGACAUGUUAAUUUGACUGUCUGUGGAAUAUGGAUGCUCUGUUUUAUCAUCUGUUUUCUGGUUUAUGGGACGCAGAUUUCAGAAUUUUUCCACUGCAACUGAAAGGCAGGUCUCAUCUGUUGUGGAGCAGGGGAUGCAAUUGUCUUAUGCACUAUGAUACAAACUAUCUUCUGAAGACAAGGACAUGAUAUUUCUGAGGGAGGAUGGCGAUCCUGAGGGUUGUUCACAUUGAGUUACAGUCCCUGGAGUCAGGAUAAGGUUCCACGAUAUGGAAAACCAGAACAGAAUUCUAGAGGAGGGCAGUGACAAUAAGCUUGAAGUCCUCAAAACUUAUAGCUCCAUCUCCAUCUCCAUCAACAGAAGCAAUAAUACUCUGGCAAUCUUCAAGAGACAAAUCUUGUCCCAUAUUUUCCACAACUUCAAACAGCUCUUCCCCGGUCACAAACUCUUCCCCCUGAAAAUCCAAGGCCGCAAAAACCCUCCUGAGAAUAG